AUGAUACUUACGACUGAAGUCGACGCUGCCUUCUUCACAACCCAUACACUCGUCAACAACAGUAGCUAUAACAGAAUUACCGUUGUAGAAUGCCUGGAUUUUUUGCCCGCAACUUGGACUAUGGCGCAAAUGAUAUCAGAGUCAGAGUUUGUUUCACCACAAGCACCUAGGCCCGGAUUAUACCAAGUGCCAUCACCGCUGAAAGUUGGAGUCUGUCGGGUGGAGAUAGGAGCUGAAUGGUAG